AUGACAGAUACGAUUACUAAUUCUAAAGAAAUCAAACAAACAGAAGCAGAUGAUAUGUUAGAUAAAGCAACUCCACGAUUUGAAUCAUUGUCCGUUUCUGAUGACCCUAACUUUUCUUCAACAAAUAAUUCUAAUUUGAAUCAAUUAAAGAGAAAACGAGUAUUAAUAGGAGAAGAUGUUUUUACUCGAGAUUGCGUCAAAACUUGGCAGGGAUCUCGAAUUAAAGCAUGGGAGAAUCGUUUUCUGAGUCCAGAAGGAUAUUAUUAUCGAUUUGUUUUGCCUGGUGAAGGACAACAAAAUGGAGCAUGGUCUGCAGCUGAACAUAGAUUGUUUAUGAAUCGAUAUAAUGAAUGGAUGGAAAAAGGUUAUAAAAUUGGUGCAAGUUGGGGUUUAUUUAGUAAGACGAUACCUCAUCGUGUGGGGUACCAAUGUAUGAAUUAUUAUCGUAAACUGGUUAGUGAAGGAAAAUUAAAGGAUGAUAGUUAUGAAAUAGUAGAUGGAAAAUUAAAACAAACAAACAAAGGAUUUGCACCAGGAACAAUUAUACCAACAACUGAAUUAGGACCAGAAUGGAAACAAGAAGAAAUAAGACAACAAGAAAGGGAGGUAGAUGGAUGGCUAAAAGAAUUCCAUGGACGUUCUGGACAAGCCUUAACUUCAAGACCUAUUACUCAGCCAAAACCAAAGGCUGCACCACGAGUUAUAAGGAAUACAUCUAGAAAAUCAAAUAUCAGCGACCUUGUAAAGAAAAUGCCGCCUAGAUCAAGUUCAGAU